AUGGACCCUCUGAGGAGUUCUGAGACCUCGAGUCUAGCUGAGAGCACUUCGCGGACUUCAAUGAUACUUCUGCACGAAGACGAUAAGGAUCUCGAAUCGCUUGCAGAUCUCAGCUCCACGAGCUCACAAUGGUCUGCCUGUUGUGCAGACGCAGAAGCGAAUCUUCAUCGAUGCGAGGCACUUGCGCUCGAGAACAAGCUGCUGCACGCGAACAUCACAAUCAUCGAGUCUGCGAAUGAGGAAUUGUCCACAAAAGUCCUAGACCUAGAGAGCAGCAGAGUGCUUGACCAGACCCAUUUCGAAUUGCUCGCUGAAAAGUGCGUGACGUUAGGCUUGGAGCAGGCAGGCCAAGAAGACCAGAUCGUAAGGUUGAGCACAGAACUGCAAGAUGCUUCCAGAGAUUUUGAGAUCGAAGUCGAUGAGCUCAGGAUGCAGAUCGUUGAGCUCCAGUACAAUCUACAACAGGAGAAAGAGGCGAAGGAGAAGUUGCAAAUCGACUACUUGAGGAUGUGCCAAGCGGAUGCUAUGCCCCGAACGACUAGAAUACCACUCAGCCCAUCAGGACCGUCUGCCCCACAGGAUGAAACAUCUGUCGACGCUCCCAGAAGCGGCGAGGAGCAGACAAUUCGCGAAAGUGCAAAGAUGGCGCAGCUUGCGAAUGUGCCACUCAAGACCUAUGGACGACUGUUUCCUAUUCGUCUCCACAUCGGCCUGAAUCGUUCCUGA